GUCACCUCUGUCAGGAUGGAGGAAAACGAGCUGCUAUAAUGCUGAAGAAAGAAAGAUCCCGAAAACCGAGCAUCACCAACCGGGAUAGUUAGAAACAAGUCACCGUUUCUCUUGACUUCUGUAUCGUUCCUGUGACGCUUUUGCCAAAAUGAUGGAAGAAAUCGACCGGUUUCAAGUACCUCCUGUCAACGGAGAGACCCAGCCUUUGGACCCAGCAGCAUCCUCCACCUUAGAGGCAGACCCCGACACCAAGGGAGAGACUGUGGCCAUGAACUACAAGCCCUCACCACUGCAAGUCCAAAUAGAGAAACAGAGGGACCUCGCCAGGAAGGGAUCAGUGAAGAAUGGCACCAUGGGAAGUCCUGUCAAUCAGCAGCCCAAGAAGAAUGCCAGGACAAGGUUGGUGGUGCCAAACAAAGGCUACUCCUCUUUAGACCAGAGUCCGGAUGAGAAGCCGCUGGUAGCACUGGACACUGACAGUGACGAUGACUUCGACAUGUCCAGAUAUUCCUCAUCAGGAUACUCCUCAGCCGAGGUGAGAUGUCUGAGGGACCAGCAGAUCAACCAGGACCUGAACAUCCAGCUCCUGAAGGAUGGGUACAGGCUGGAUGAGAUCCCAGAUGACGAGGACCUGGAUCUGAUCCCCCCGAAAGCAGUCAACCCCACCUGCAUGUGCUGCCAGGCUGCUCCGUCCACAGCCUGUCAAAUCCAGUAGCGCCAUCCCCCCACUCCCCGCCAAAAAAACCCUCCUGUCUGCCACCUGCACUGAGGCCAAUUAUUGACCAGAGUGGCAGCAGGGAGGAAAAACUAUCUGUCUGGCAAUGGCACAAAGGGAAUACAAGGGUUUAUAAAAGCUAAAUUAAGAAAUGGAGAUAGUUCAAGUCUGGAGAAAAAAGUCAAUAUGUACAGUAUCUGUGCACGUUCCUCCUAUGGUUGGAUCUGUGCAUCCUACUUCUGCAUUGUUGGUUCGGCGAGGCCUCGACUGAUGGCAGAAACAUCCCCAUUAAGGACAACAUGUUACUUUUGCUUUGUCUUUGUUCAACUUCCAUCUCAUUGCUUGUGGAUAUUUUAAGGACCAUAAUGGAUUGUACAACACACACAGUGGAAAAACAGAAACAAAAUCAGUGGACAGAAACUCGAACACCUGAAAUGGUCAAAUUACUUGUUACAGUGCAUCAACCGUGCAAUCUACUUCUUCUACUGGUCAUCAGCGGUCAAAUUCAAUGGACAAGAAGACUGUGGAAGUUUAAUCUUUAUUUCACUUUCUCAUUUCUUUCAGCUAAUCUGCUUCGUCUUCCUGUGUAUAUAUGUGUCAAACAUGAAAAUGACAUAUGUGUGUUUAAACAUGUCCAAGGAAGUAGUGCUUAACCAUCCAGCUGCUGAUGAAACACUAACGCUUACACUAUGAGAGUCCAGUUUCCUUUUUUAAGUUUGUCUGUUACACUGAGGUCGUACUGCUUAAUCGUUUCAUAUUCCGUUUAAAGAAGCUGAAAAAAAGAUAGUUUUGCAUGUUGCCUGUUAACACUGUGUCCUAAUGACCAGAUGUCAGUUUUUAUUGACCUCUUAACACAUCCUUGUGCCGAUGAGACAUUAUGUGAGGCGUGCUUUUUUUUUAAAAAAAAAAAACCCAUCAAGUUAGUAAUGUCUUGGUUCACUCACUGUAAUAUCAGUAGAUAUAGAGAAACUGUUAUUAGAAUAAUGGCAGAACAGCUCAAUAGUUAGUGCGUAGUUCCUUUUUGUUUUUCCAUGUUUGCUCUGACAUGUGUAAGAGGAUCACAAAGGCAGUCAACACCAGUGAAUGUGGUUACAAAACGAUAGUAAUAAUAGUAAUAAUAAUGAUAAUAAUAAUAAUAGGCAUAGAGUAUGUGCAAAAACAGAGAUAGCAGUAUAAUGUGGGCCAUACCUGUUAUGGCUUCUGAAGAAUGUCAUGAGGUGAUUCCAUAUUGCCUGGAUGGAAAUGAAAACAGAUUUUAAUUUCAUAUAAUAUGAUCUUUUUAGAAAGGAUACACCUUAUUUUGCAAAUUAAUUAAAGUGUAAAAGUUUCAAUGGUUUUAAUAAUAGUUUUAAUAUAACCAAUUUGUCUGAUUUGACUUGUGAAAAAGAACUGUUCAUGUAGCACCAGACACAGCUGUGUAUUUCCAAUGCUUUUAUGCCAGUGGAUGUUUCGUGUGACGUUGAAAGGGAAGUUGCUGUUAGGAAGUUCUGAAUGCACACUGUUUGUCAUGUUUACAUCUACCGAAAGACAUCUCUAGAGGUCUACAGGCGUCUGCUGUUUUCUACCAGAUGAUAAAAGUCACUUGCAUGUAAAUCUGCCCUGAAAGAAAUGACGGUGAAAGAUCAAGCUGGGUUUCCCAAAAACACAAAAUGUACAUUUUGACAAGUAGAACACCUGGAAAACAUUUUGUAUUUAAAAUAACUUAAACCUUGAUAAGCUCUUAUAUCUGGUAAUACAACUGUAGUCCUGAAUGUGUGUACACUUUACGCUGUUGUUUAUAUCCUAUAGUUUCUGAUUGUGUUGAAUCUGGAGGCAGACGAACAGUUUGAGAACAGAAGACACGAAGCACUGUUUAGUUCAGAAUGUCCUGGAAUCUUUAACCCUCGUCCGACCAACAUCUUUAACACACAGGGCCCACCGACUGGGGUCCCUGGACACCCCAAGUAUAAACUACUGUAAGAAACAACCGUCAUGGAAAAGCUUAUUUCUUCUCAUAAUGUUAUUACUCAUGAAUCUAAUGUCAUCUAAAAACAGAUUAGUAUUACUUUAGGAUGGUUGCAUUUCAUUGACUGAGCAUAAUUUUACCAGAGGAAGAGCAGUGUUUAGGGUUGUCAACAGAGCACUUGAGGAAAUCCCAUCACGUGAUGCUUGAAAAUAGGACCCAUGGCAAUCACAAACUCAGCUAAUUGUGCCAUCUGUGACAACUGCAUAGACAGAAUUGGGUGAUUUUGAGUGGGGUUCCCAAUAAAUUUUAUUUAAUACAGA